AUGUUUAACUCUAAAUCAGCUGGUAAGAUUAAAAAUGAUAAAAUUGCUAGAUGGCGAGUCGAACUCUCCUGUUACCACUAUGACAUUGUAUAUCGCCCGGGUAAAAAGAACAUACCAGCUGAUGCAUUCUCACGCGUAUGUGGUGCCACCAGUGUGGAUGAACUAAAGGAAUUACAUGACAAUCUGUGUCACCCUGGAAUGUCUCGUAUGGCUCAUUUUGCCCGAUGUCGAAAUCUGCCUUAUUCUGUGGAAGAAGUGAAGAUGACUAAUUCUUGCUCUGCAUACUCUGAACUUAAACCUCGGUUUUGCAAGUUUGACUCUGGGCAUUUGAUUAAAGCUACGCAGCCAUUUGAAAGACUCAACAUAGAUUUUAAAGGACCACUUCCAUCACAUUCAAGGAAUAAAUAUAGCCUUACUGUUGUAGAUGAAUUCUCUAGAUUCCAUUUUGCAUUCCCUUGUUCAGAUAUGACUACUGGUACGGUAAUUCAGUGCCUGGUGCAGUUGUUUGCAAUCUUUGCUAUGCCUGCAUAUAUACACUCUGAUAGGGGAGCUUCCUUUAUGUCUGAGGAGUUGAAAGACUUUCUACUCAAAAAAGGGGUAGCAACUAGCCGUACGACUCCUUACAACCCUAGAGGAAAUGGCCAGGCUGAGAAGUACAAUGGGAUUAUUUGGAAGACAGUGCUGCUAGCUCUUAGGACGAGAGGCUUACAUGUAUCCCAAUGGGAAGUUGUUCUUCCUGAUGCACUCCACUCUAUUCGAUCACUGUUGUGUACCUCUACAAAUUGUACACCACAUGAACGAUUCUUCCGGCAAACAAGAAUGUCUACUUCAGGGCGAACACUACAUUCGUGGCUUGUCAAGUUCAUGUCAAGUUCCAAGUCAAGUUCCCGGAUGGCAGGAUUACCACUGUAUCAUUAA